AUGGCAAAAGCUGAGUCUGACUUGCAGUCAAUGCUCGCUAAGGGUAUGGACCCGCGCGAUCUACCCUGGUAUGAGGCAGACCUUGCAGAAGUCCCUGAGCCUGCAAAGACUAUAUUGGAAAAUUAUAGCCAUAUCUCACCGGACCAAGUCUUGCAGCAUGUCAUGGAUAUGGUGAGCCAUGCUAUAGUCUUCGAUGGUGUUCCUUCGGAAAAUCUUUACGCUUCAGAUCUCCGUGAAGAUUUUUUCGACAUUGGAUAUGGUCUAUUUGCAGACCGAGAGACCCUCAAGGCUGAAUUUAUUACGGCCGAUAUAUUCGACGACGAGUCCGACUUGGUGAAGAAACUCACUAGUAAGAUAGAUAUCGUCAACGCAGCCUCCUUUUUCCACCUCUUCAACUGGGAUAAGCAAGUCAUCAUCGCCAAAAGGUUAGUUAGCUUGCUGAAUGCUCAACCGGGGUCUCUUGUUAUCGGGCGACAAGUUGGGUGUAUUGAUCCGGUUGAUCCCGAUGACAAGGAAAACACGCCUCCACAUUAUCGUCAUGAUCCAGCUUCGUGGAAGAGACUUUGGGAGCAGGUAAUGAAGGAGUCUAAUACGAACUGGGAGGUUGAGUCUUGGAUGGAGGGCUGGGAGGGCGCCGAUAAAGUGAUGAAAGGCUAUCAUGAGGGUGUGCAGACUUUCAAGUUGAGGUUUGUGGUGAGAAGGGUGUAG